UUGACAGUUUCGAGUUAUCAGAUUACAAGCAUAUCUAGGAGUGAAGAGAUAGAUAGCGGCCACACAUGGCCCCCUUUAUCCUCAAACUCAACACUCUGCAACUCCAACUCCAACAAUCUCUCACUUUCUCCCAUUCUCUCAAACCAAACCUUUGUCAUCAUCUCGCACCACAUCUUUAUGAACCCAACUUUCUCCACUCAUCUCACGCCAUCACUUUCAUUCAAAGAAAACAAACAACAACUCAGUACUCUUCACUCAACAACUCUAUACGUGAAACAGUGACGAGGUUCUCUAGCAAGACCAACAAAACCCCUUUUGCUUUUUUAAGAGAUACAAGGGGUUCUUUGGAAUCGAAGGUUAGCGAGAGAGUGAAUAAGAAAAAGAAAAAGGAUAAGGAUAGCCCAGACGUGAAGUUGAAGGUUGGUUUGGAUAUGUGUUCUAAAAGAGGGGAUGUGAUGGGAGCAUUGUCCUUGUAUGAUUCAGCAUGCUCAGAGGGUCUCAAACUUGGUCAGCACCAUUACACUGUGCUUUUGUAUCUUUGUUCUUCUGCAGCUGUUGGUGUUGUUAGACCUGCUAAAAGUGGAACUGGUGCUAGAACUUUGAAUGCACUUGUCUCAUCCAAUGAGGUUGUCAAUCAUCAUGAGGACAAUGUUGGCGAUACAAUGUUGGACAAUCCAGUUUCAGAUGAAACUGCCACGUGUGAUGAAACAUUUGAUAAUUCAGAGUUAAAUUCUGUUUUGAAUUCUGCUGAGAAAUCUAACAAGGGAGAAGAGAACCCCUUUAGCAACCAAGAAGAUUGUGGAAUCUUGGUGAGCGAGCAUGUCAAGAAAUAUGCACUGCAGAGAGGAUUUGAAGUGUAUGAGAAUAUGUGUAAGGAUAAGGUUCAAAUGAAUGAAGCAGCGUUGACUUCUGUGGCUAGAAUGGCCAUGUCAAUGGGUGAUGGUGACAUGGCUUUUGAGACGGUAAAGCAAAUGAAGAACUUGGGGAUAAGUCCUAGGUUACGGUCUUAUGCUCCUGCUUUGUCUACCUUUUGCAACAAUGGAGAAAUAGAUAAAGCAUUUGCUGUUGAAAAGCACAUGCUAGAGCAUGGCGUCUACCCUGAAGAGCCUGAGUUGGAGGCACUCUUAAGGGUAAGCAUAAGAGCUGGCAAUAGUGAUAAGGUUUACUAUGUGUUGCAUAAACUAAGAAGUAGUGUAAGGAGAGUCUCACCAACUACUGCAUCUUUGAUUACUGAUUGGUUUAAGAGCAAACAGGCUGCAAGAGUUGGGAAAAGAAAAUGGGAUAAAAGACUAAUAAUGGAAGCAAUAGAAAAUAAUGGUGGAGGGUGGCAUGGACAGGGUUGGUUGGGUAAGGGAAAAUGGGAAGUCGUUCAUACAACCAUUGGAAAUGAUGGAAUGUGUAAGUGCUGUGGGGUGCACUUGACCACUAUUGAUCUUGAUCCUAUUGAAACUGAAAAUUUUGCCAAGUCAGUUGAAUCCCUUGCCUUAAUGAAAGAAAAAGGGUCAAACUUCCAGAAUUUUCAAAAAUGGCUUGACUACUAUGGACCUUUCGAAGCAGUGGUAGAUGCUGCAAAUGUAGGUCUUUUUGGCCAAAGGAUAUUCAAGCCACACAAGAUCAAUGCUGUUGUCAAUGAAUUUCGCAAAAAGCUUCCUUCAAACAAGUUUCCACUUAUUAUUUUGCAUAAUAAGCGUAUCAAGGGAGAGAAAAUGGAUGAACCAAUCAAUAGGGCAUUAAUUGAGAAAUGGACUAAUGCCAAUGCACUCUAUGCAACACCUUAUGGAUCAAACGAUGAUUGGUACUGGUUGUAUGCAGCUAUAAAAUUUAAAUGUUUAAUUGUUACCAAUGAUGAGAUGAGGGAUCAUCUAUUCCAACUUCUGGGAAAUGACUUUUUCCCCAAGUGGAAAGAAAGGCAUCAGGUACACUUCAGUUUCUCUGAUAUCGGUAGUCCAGUGUUUCACAUGCCCCCUCCUUGUUCUGUUGUAAUUCAGGAAUCAGAGGAAGGCCAUUGGCAUAUUCCAAUUGAAACAGAACAUAGUUAUGAAUCAGAAAGAAGGUGGUUGUGCAUUACCCGUGCUAAAUUAGACAUGGUUUGCAAAGAUUCUUCUAUAUCUAAAGACUCUGAACCCUUGCAAAAAGAAUGUACAAGAUCAUCAGCAACUAGAGAUGCGUCUGCAAAGGAGUCACAACAUCAGAAUCUUGUCAACCACAAAGUAAAAAUGGAAUCACCUCAAGAAUUGCAUAAAAAUAUUAGGGAUGUUUUUUUAGCAUCAAUAUCUUCAGAUAAUAAAGACUCAAUAUUGUCUGACAUUGAGGCUGCAGAGUUGAUUGGUGGUUGUACCAUUGAUUUUCAGAUAUAAAGUUCCUUUUGUCGUGUUGAUUAAUGAUUUAUCUUGAGCUAUACACUGGAAAAUUAUCACAGUGGUCUGUGCGAAGCUCCAAUUUAGUUUUAUUUUGCAGGGAGAAAAUACAAGGUUAAGUUGUAGUAUUACAAUUCUAAUCUAAAAUAAAGUUUUCCAUUCAAAGCUUUC